CACACUUUCAUAGCACUGCUCGAUCUAGAGGGGAAAAAAAAUUGACACUGUAUUCUGUGAGAGAGAGAGAGAGAGAGAGAGAGAGAGAGAGAGAGAUGGAAUGGAAGGCCGAGGAUGUAAGAGAAGGAGCAACCAAGUUUCCAGAGAGGCAGCCAAUAGGAACGGCGGCACAGGGCGGCUGCGACAAGGACUACAUGGAGCCGCCGCCAGCGCCGUUGUUUGAAAGGGGGGAGCUAACCUCAUGGUCCUUCUAUAGAGCCGGGAUCGCAGAGUUUGUGGCAACUUUUCUGUUUCUAUACAUCUUAGUCUUGACGGUGAUGGGCGUUUUCCAGUCCCCGGACAAGUGCUCGAGUGUUGGACCUCAGGGUAUUGCUUGGGCCACUGGCGGGACGAUCUUUGUCCUUGUCUACUGCACUGCCGGCAUCUCAGGUUUCCCCACCCGCCUUCUCUUCCUUCUAUUUCUGUGUGCAAAUAUCUCACUCAUGGGCGGACCCAGAAUUUGGUUGUAGUGGAGUCAAAUACCUACCACACAUAUAAUUUUUUGGAUUUUUCGAGGCAAAAAUAUUAUCUUUUGGAGCAAAA